UGGUGAUCCGCGCCCGAGUGUCCCGCUGCGUCCGAGCUGUCGCCGCUAGCUUGGCCAUGGCCGAGGAGCUGAACCUGGAGAGGUGCGACUUGGAGAUACAGGCCAAUGGCCGUGAUCACCACACGGCCGACCUGUGCCAACAGAAACUGGUGCUGCGGCGAGGCCAGCGCUUCCGGCUGACACUGUACUUCGAGGGCCGUGGCUAUGAGGCCAGCGUGGACAGACUUACAUUUGGUGCCGUGACCGGCCCAGAUCCCAGUGAAGAGGCAGGGACCAAGGCCCGAUUCUCACUGUCUGACGAUGUGGAGGAGGGAUCCUGGUCAGCCUCUGUGCUGGACCAACAGGACAAUGUCCUCUCGCUGCAGCUCUGCACCCCAGCCAAUGCUCCUGUUGGCCAGUACCGCCUCAGCCUGGAGACUUCUACUGGCUACCAAGGCUCCAGCUUCAUGCUGGGUCACUUCAUCCUGCUCUUCAAUGCCUGGUGCCCAGCGGAUGACGUGUACCUAGAUUCAGAGGCGGAGCGCCGGGAAUACGUCCUCACACAGCAGGGCUUCAUCUACCAGGGCUCUGUCAAGUUCAUCAAGAGUGUGCCUUGGAACUUUGGGCAGUUUGAGGAUGGGAUCCUGGAUGCCUGCCUGAUGCUCUUGGAUGUGAACCCCAAGUUCCUGAAGGACCGUAGCCGGGACUGCUCACGACGCAGCAGUCCCAUCUAUGUGGGCCGCGUGGUGAGCGGCAUGGUCAACUGCAAUGAUGACCAGGGUGUGCUUCUGGGUCGCUGGGACAACAAUUAUGGGGACGGUAUCAGUCCCAUGGCCUGGAUCGGCAGCGUGGACAUUCUGCGGCGCUGGAAGGAACACGGCUGUCAGCAAGUGAAGUAUGGCCAGUGCUGGGUGUUUGCGGCGGUAGCCUGCACAGUGCUGCGGUGCCUUGGCAUCCCUACCAGAGUGGUGACCAACUACAACUCCGCCCACGACCAGAACAGCAACCUGCUCAUCGAGUACUUCCGAAACGAGUACGGGGAGCUGGAGAGCAACAAGAGCGAGAUGAUCUGGAAUUUCCACUGCUGGGUGGAGUCCUGGAUGACCAGGCCAGACCUACAGCCAGGCUAUGAGGGGUGGCAGGCCAUUGACCCCACACCGCAGGAGAAGAGCGAAGGAACAUACUGUUGUGGCCCAGUCUCAGUGCGGGCCAUCAAGGAGGGUGACCUGAGCACCAAGUAUGAUGCGUCCUUCGUGUUUGCCGAGGUCAACGCUGAUGUGGUGGACUGGAUCCGGCAGUCAGAUGGGUCUGUGCUCAAAUCCAUCAACAAUUCCCUGGUCGUGGGGCAGAAGAUCAGCACUAAGAGCGUGGGCCGUGAUGACCGGGAGGACAUCACCUAUACCUACAAGUACCCAGAGGGGUCCCCAGAGGAGAGGGAAGUCUUCACCAGAGCCAACCACCUGAACAAACUGGCAGAGAAAGAGGAGACAGGGGUGGCCAUGCGGAUCCGAGUGGGGGAUGGUAUGAGCUUGGGCAAUGACUUUGACGUGUUUGCCCACAUCGGCAACGACACCUCGGAGAGCCGUGAGUGCCGCCUCCUGCUCUGUGCCCGCACUGUCAGCUACAACGGCGUGCUGGGGCCCGAGUGUGGCACUGAGGACAUCAACCUGACCCUGGAUCCCUACUCUGAGAACAGCAUCCCCCUUCGCAUCCUCUACGAGAAGUACAGCGGUUGCCUGACCGAGUCAAACCUCAUCAAGGUGCGGGGUCUCCUCGUCGAGCCAGCUGCUAACAGCUACCUGCUGGCUGAGAGAGAUCUCUACCUGGAGAAUCCUGAAAUCAAGAUCCGGAUCCUGGGGGAGCCCAAGCAGAACCGCAAACUGGUGGCUGAGGUGUCCCUGAAGAACCCACUUUCUGAUUCCCUGUAUGACUGUGUCUUCACUGUGGAGGGGGCUGGCCUGACCAAGGAACAGAAGUCUGUGGAGGUCUCAGACCCUGUGCCAGCAGGAGAUGCGGUCAAGGUGCGGGUUGACCUGUUCCCGACUGAUAUUGGCCUCCACAAGUUGGUGGUGAACUUCCAGUGUGACAAGCUGAAGUCGGUCAAGGGUUACCGGAAUAUCAUCAUCGGCCCGGCCUAAGGGACCCCCUUCACCCAGACUCAGCCCAUCACCUGCCAGCCCUCAACUCAACCUGGUUUUAUCCCCAGAUAAUGAGCGACGACUGCACCCCAUUCGGGCUGACAUGACUGCCUCGGGGCUUUUCAGAAGACAAUGUACUUCUGGCCCAUCCUGUUCCUCUGGAUCUAUUUCCCCAUCUGUCCCCUUAGCUGUGAGGAAUGUUCUGUGCUGAUACAGCCAGUACCCUGGCGAGAGUAAGAGGAGAGCCAUUAUUACCAGCACUCUGUAUCUGUGUAUUGUUUGAACUGUCUCUAGAGCCUCAGAGUGAGUGCAAACGGAUGGUGAGCCCGUUGGCUCAACGAAGGAACUCAGCUGCCUCUCCAACAGUUUCCCACCCGCCUCCCCUCUGAAGGGGAACUGUAUGUGCUAGGCACCUUGAGUUCUAACAGGGACAGCAACCUGUUGGAUGUCCAUGAGAAACUUCAGGGUGGGAACUGAGGCUGCCCGUGCUGUACUGUGUCAGUAGGACAGGCCAGCCAUCACUUGCAGGGCCAGUGGGUGAGCUUAGAAACACCACCUGUGUCAUCUGGCUUGGAAUUUAGCACUCUAUCUGUGACACCAGCUUUGACCCGAGGGUGUCAGAGAGGCCAUCUCUUCCGGCCUUCUCCGGAAGGACACGGUUAGGGUGAGGAGGUGAGGGAGGAGCGGGGAGGCUUGAGAGCUGGGAGUCAGAGCCUGGGUUUAAGCCCCAAGGAGGGCUACACUCUAUCCUCCUCUUCUGGGCUUGAUCCUCCUAUAUCAGAGCAGAGAUUGACAAGCCCUCCUCCAGGGUUUCCUGGUCCCAUACUUCUAAAGCCUUCCAUCCAAGGCUAGGGCACUUCUGGGGUGUCCUGCUUCUCACCUGUGCCUGGGCUCCUCAGAUACAGUUCCAGGACAACCCACAAGCUACUCACAUAGUGCCUAGACUAGAUUUCACAGAAGGAGCCUUAAAUGUCCAUGCUGGUCCCUACCCACCAGGGCCACCCCUCCAUGCCCCUCCUCCUUGGUAAGCACACCUAGACACAGCAUUUGUCUCUAGAAAAGCACAGAAGCCUAUGGGUCAUCAUCCGAGUUAGCCUACUCCUACCCCUCUGUGGCUGGGCCCUCAAGCUGGAAGGCUGCAGUGUGGAGGGGUUUCUAGGGGGUGAGGUCAGAGACUCUGGGAUCCCCUGAAAUCCCAGAGAAGAACUUGGGAAGAAUCACACUGCUGCAUUUAACACGUUCCGCUUUAUGCAGAGAAUCGCACCGUGAGUCUUGUAUCUGCCCUGUCCCCACACGGUUCCAUUUCUUUUGAUCUGUGCAAGCUUCAGGCAGUAGGCAUGCUUUCGAAGCACAUGUGAACACCGAAAUAAAGGUCUAUUUUUCACACUCAAA